CAUGCCCCGGCUCCUUCAAUGCUGGGAGGCCUUGCGGCAACAAUCGCGCAAGGAGCGGCAUUUGGAACCGGUAGCGCUGUGGCGCACCGAGCAGUGGAUGCCGUUGCAGGACCUCGCACGGUUCACCACGAGCACACGACAGUAGCAUCAGCCCAGCCAGCGAUGGCUCCGCAGAGGAGCAUGGACGAUUUGUGCUUGAACGCAACCAAAGCCUUCCAAGAGUGCGUGAAUUCUAAUCUCAAUGAUAUUGGAAAGUGCCAGUUCCUGCUGGAUAUGCUUAACGAGUGCCGCAAAACGUCCUCAGGUCCAUCCCAACCAUGAGGGAGCCAUCAAAUUUUUAGUUUUUAGAUCUUUUCAAGCCCGACGUUUCAGUUUAGCUUUCUUGAAAUAAUCUCUUCCAAAAGAUGUAAUAUUUAAGUUUUUGUGUAGAA